CAUGAAGGUGGAAGCGGGAGACAACUCCAUGAUCAACCUGUCGGUGCAGCAAGUGCUCAGUCUGUGGGCUCACGGCACCGUCCUUCGCAACCUCACCGAGAUGUGGUACUGGGUUUUCCUCUGGGCUCUCUUCUCCUCUCUCUUUGUCCAUGGUGCUGUGGGAGUAUUAAUGUUUGUGAUGCUGCAGAGGCAUAGGCAGGGGAGGCUGAUCUCUGUCAUUGUGGUCAGCAUUGGAUUUCUGGGUUCUAUAACUGGAGCAAUGAUAACCAGUGCUGCAGUAGCUGGAAUUUACAGAGUAGCAGGAAAGAAUAUGGCUCCCUUAGAAGCUCUUGUCUUUGGUGUUGGACAGACAGUACUGACGUUAAUUAUUUCAUUUUCAAGAAUUCUUGCAACGCUUUGAGACUUACGUAAAAAAGGGGGGGGAGGGGAAUCAACUAGUUUAAAGAAAUCUUUAAUCUGAAGAGAAGCUUCCUGCAAGUGGAUUCAUCACCUUACAAACUUGAAUUUUAGUGCAAGAGAAAGGAAGUGAUAUGGAACAUGCACUAUAAAUCCAGAGGUUCAGUCAAAUGCACAGACUGUCCUCUAGUGUCUGAACUGCUGUACUCCUGCACUGCGCCUUAUGCGCCUUGGUCAGAGUCAAGGGGCAAUCCGCCUGUGUGAAGCUGAAAUAAAGCUCCUUGAAUAGCUGCUGGUCAGGUUAAUGCUUGGUGAUGGGGUCCUUGUUGUUAA